AUGACCGACCUCUUAAGAAGUGUUGUCACAGUCAUUGAUGUUUUCUACAAAUAUACCAACCAAGAUGGGGAGUGUGGCACACUGAGCAAGGAUGAGCUAAAGGAACUUCUAGAGAAAGAGUUCCGUCCAAUUCUGAAGAACCCAGAUGAUCCAGACACAGUGGAUGUCAUCAUGCACAUGCUAGAUCGAGAUCAUGACCGAAGACUGGACUUUACUGAGUUUCUUCUGAUGGUAUUCAAGCUGGCUAUGGCCUGCAACAAGGUUCUCAGCAAAGAAUACUGCAAAGCUUCAGGGUCAAAGAAUUAUAGGCGUGGUCACCGACACCAUAAGGAAGAAAGUGAAACAGAAGAGGAUGAAGAAGAUGCACCAGAACAGAAAUCAGGUUACAGGCAUUCAAACUGGAGGGAGGGAGAGGAGUAUGGUUAUGGUUCUGAGGGUUUGAGGCGAAGUGUGAAACACAGACAUGGGUCAAAUUCCAGGAGGCUGGGAAGGCAAGGUGGUUUAUCUAGCUCAGAGAACCAAGAGAAAUCUGAGAAAAGACACCGUGGGUCUGGUCACUCAUGGAAUAGUGACAAAGAAAGACAUGGUUCCAGCUCUGGAGAGCUGGGGGAUAGAAGAAACAAGUCACAUGUUAGCCCCACCAGGGAAUCUGGGAAGGAAUAUGAAUCAGAAUCUGGAUCUGGGUCAAAGAGUGAGAGGAGGAAAAGUCAUGGUGGUCUGUCACAUAGACUGGAUGCUGGUGGGCAUGAAUCAAACUCUACUCAGUCAAGAAAUAGUGGAGGACAAAAGCUUGGGUCUAGCUCUAAAGGUUCAGAAGACAGUGGAAGACAAAGCUAUGGAUGUGGUUCCAGCAAUUCGGGUGGGUGUGGAAGUCCACAAAAUACUUCUAGUUCCUGUCAGGAAGGUAGAUUUGGAGGGCAAGGAAAUCAAUCUAGCUGCACUCAGUCAGGUUAUCAAACAGGAAGUAGUGGAAGACAAGAUCGUGGAUGUAUCUCGGGAGGUCAGUCCUCUGGAUAUGGUCAACAUGAGCCUAGCUUCUGUAGUCAGUCUUCUAGUCAAAGAGGAUACGGAUCUAGAGCAUGUGGUCAGACACAGAACUGUGGAAGACAACAGAGAACAGGUUCAAGUCAGUCCUCUUGCUGUGAACAAUAUGGGUCUGGAACAAGUCAGUCUUCUAGUUAUGGUCAACAUGGAUCUGGUUCUUGUGGACACUUUUCAAACUCUCAUCAAAAAGGGUCUGGUUCAAAGGAAUUUUCUAAAUGUGGACAACAUGGAUCUGGCUCAUGUCAGUCCUCUGGCUUUGGACAUGGCUCUGGCUCAUGCCAGUCCUCUGGCUUUGAACAACAUGGGUCUGGCUCAUGUCAGACCUCUGGCUUUGGACAACAUGGGUCAGGAUCAGGUCAAUCCUCUGGUUUUGGACAACAUGGGUCAAGCUCAGGGCAAUCCUCUGGCUUUGGUCAGCAUGGGUCUAGUUCAGGACCGUCCUCUGGCUUUGGCCACCAUGGAUCCAGCUCAGGUCAGUCCCCUGGCUUUGGUCAGUAUGGGUCUGGAUCAAGUCAGUCCUCCAGCUUUGGCCAACAUGGGUCUGGCUCAGGUCAAUCCUCUGGUUUUGGCCAACAUGGGUUUGGCUCAGGUCAAUCCUCUGGUUUUGGCCAGCAUGGAUCCAGCUCAGGUCAGUCCUCUGGCUUUGGUCAGUAUGGGUCUGGAUCAAGUCAGUCCUCCAGCUUUGGCCAACAUGGGUCUGGCUCAGGUCAAUCCUCUGGUUUUGGCCAACAUGGGUUUGGCUCAGGUCAAUCCUCUGGUUUUGGCCAACAUGGGUCUGGCUCAAGCCAAUCCUCUGGCUUUGGACAACAUGAGUCUGGCUCAGGUCAGUCCUCUGGUUUUGAACGAUAUGGGUCUGGCUCAGGUCAGUCCUCUGGUUUUGGACAACAUGGCUCUGGUUCAGGCCAGUCCUCUGGCUUUGGCCAGCAUGGGUCUGGCUCAAGCCAGUCCUCUGGCUUUGGACAACAUGGGACUGGCUCAGGUCAGUCCUCUAGUUUUGGACAACAUGGCUCUGGCUCAGGUCAGUCCUCUGGUUGUGGACAACAUGGCUCUGGCUCAAGCCAGUCCUCUGGCUUUAGACAACAUGGGUCUGGCUCAGGUCAGUCCUCUAGUUUUGGACAACAUGGGUCUAGCUCAAGACAGUCCUCUGGCUUUGGCCAGCAUGGGUCUGGUUCAGGUCAGACCUCUGGCUAUGGACAACAUGGAUCCAGCUCAGGUCAGUCUUCUGGCUUUGGCCAAUAUGGGUCUGGCUCAGGUCAUUCCUCUAGUUUUGGACAGCAUGGGUCUGGCUCAGGCCAAUCCUCUGGCUUUGGUCAACAUGGGUCUGGCUCAAGUCAGUCCUCUGCCUUUGAACAACAAGGGUCUGGUGCAGGUCCAUUUUCUAGCUCUGGACAACAUGGGUCUGGGACAGGUCAAUCCUCAGGCUCUGGACAUGGAUCUAGCUCACAACAGUCCCCUAGCUUUGGGACUGGCUCAGGUCAUUCUUCUGGCUUUGGACAACAAGAGUCUAGAUCAGGUCAGUCUAGCUGUGGUCAACACUGUUCCACUUCAAUGCAAUCCUCCAAUUUUGGCCAAGGAUCCUGCUCAGGAAAGUCCUCUAACCCUGAUCAACAUGCUAGCACAAGUCAGUCUUCUACUUAUGAUCAACAUGGGUUUAGCUCAGGAGAAUCUUCUGGAUAUGAACAACAUGAAUCUAGGGUAAGGGGAAAAGAAAGCUCUCACACUAGUUCAGGAAAAGAGGGUCCAAAACAUGGAAGACCCAUAUCAGAUUCAGCCCACACUCAGAUAAGAGAAACAGGCCCAAAGAAAACUACUCAGAGGGAUAAUGAGAGAAACAAGAGACACAGUACAACAGCAAAAGAGACUGAAGAUCAUGACAGCAUUCAUGGACAUAGCCAACAAAGGCAAGGAUCAAGUCAGGACAGAAGGACUUCUACAACACAGGACACGAAACAUAACCACAAAAAUGACAGUCAAGCCCAGACAGAUAAAUGGGAGACAUAUUCAGCAACUACCCGGGAGCAUUAUGAAAAUGACCAUGAAAAAUCAGGAGGAAUUCCCACAGGUAAAAAUGAAAGAUCUACUCAGAGACAGGCAGGAGACAACACAAGACGUGCCCAUUCUGGCCAUGGACAGGCCACCAGGACAGAAUCCAGUAGAACCCGAAAAACGGGAUCUAGCAGCAGUGAGUCCAGGGACAGGGGAAGGCUUUCAGGAGUCCCACAGACACAGACAGGGUCCCCUCAUGGCCAUGCUGGAUCUCAACAUGGAGAGUCGAGAUCCACACAGGAAGGAAGACAGACAACUACUCACAGACAGGCAGGAGACACCACUAGACAUACCCAGUCUGGGCAUGGACAAGCCACCAGGUCAGAAUCCAGCAGGACUGGAAGAAGAGAAUCCAGUGUCAGUGAGUCCAGUGACAAUGAAAGGCACUCAGGAGUCCCACAGUCACAGGCAGGGUCCCCUCAUGGCCACCCUGGAUUCGAACAGGGAGACUCAGGAUCCACCCAUGAAGGAAGAUGGGAAACUACUCACAGAACGCAAGGAGACACCACUAGGCAACCUCAUUCUGGUCAUGGACAGGCCACCAGGAGAGAAGCUAGCAGGACCCAAAGAAGCAGAUCCAGUGUGACCGAAUCAAGUGACAGGGAAAGGCACUCAGAACUCCCACAGACACACACAGAGUCCCCUCAUGGCCAGGCUGGAUCUCAGCAUGAAGAGUCAGGAUCCAUCCGUGAAGGAAGACAGGGUACUACUCACAGACAGCAAAGAGACACCACUAGACAUACACUGUCUGGUCAUGGACAGGCCACCAGGAGAGAAUCCAGUAGUACAGGAAGAACAGGAUCUAGGAGCAGUGAGUCCAGUGACAGGGGAAGGCCUUCAGGAGUCCCACAGACACAGGCAGGGUCCACUCAUGGCCAUGCUGGAUCUCAACAUGGAGAGUCGGAAUCCACCUGGGAAGGAAGAACAGAAACUACUCACAGACAGCAAGGACACACCACUAGACAAGCUCAUUCUGGUCUUGGACAGGCCACCAGGACAGAAUCUAGCAGGACCCAAAGAAGCAGAUCCAGUGCCAGUGAAUCGAAUGCCAGGGAAAGGCACUCAGGACUCCCACAGACACACACAGAGUCCCCUCAUGGCCAGGCUGGAUCUCAACAUGGAGAGUCGGGAUCCACCCGGGAAGGAAGACAGGGAACUACUCACAGACAGGCAGGAGACACCACUAGACAUACCCAGUCCACUCAUGGACAAGCCACCAGGUCAGAAUCCAGUAGGACUGGGAGAAGAGAAUCCAGUGUCAGUGAGUCCAGUGACAGUGAAAGGCACUCAGGCGUCCCACAGUCACAGGCAGGGUCCCCUCAUGGCCAUGCUGGAUUUCAACAUGGAGAGUCAGAAUCCAGUAGGACUGGGAGAAGAGAAUCCAGUAUCAGUGAGUCCAGUGACAGUGAAAGGCACUCAGGAGUCCCACAGUCACAGGCAGGGUCCCCUCAUGGCCACCCUGGAUUCCAACAGGGAGAGUCAGCAUCCACCCAUGAAGGAAGACAGGAAACUACUCACGGACAGCAAGUAGACACCACCAGACAUACACUGUCUGGUCAUGCACAGGCCACCAGGACAGAAUCCAGUAGGACGGGAAGAAUAGGAUCUAGGAGCAGUGAGUCCAGGGACAGGGGAAGGCCUUCAGGAGUCCCACAGACACAGGCAGGGUCCUUUCAUGGCCAUGCUGGAUCUCAACAUGGAGAAUCAGGAUCCACCCGGGAAGGAAGACAGGGAACUACUCACAGACAGGCAGGAGACACCACUAGACAUACCCAGUCCACUCAUGGACAAGCCACCAGGUCAGAAUCCAGUAGGACUGGAAGAAGAGAAUCCAGCAUCAAUGAGUCCAGUGAAAGGCCUUCAGGAGUCCCACAGACACACACAGCGUCCCCUCAUGGCCAUGCUGGAUCUCAACUUAGAGAGUCAACAUCUACCCAUGAAGGUAGACUGGGAACUACUCGCCCACAGACAGGAGACACCACUGGACCUGCCCAGUCUGGUCAUGGACAAGCCACCAGCGCAGAAUCCAGGUGGACUGGAAGAAAGGGAUCUAGUGUGAGUGAGUCCAGCGACACUGAAAGGCACUCAGGUGUGUCACAAGGACACUCAGUUUCUAGUCAUAGGCAUUUUGGUUCUAUCCCCCAAAACACAGUUCACCUUUACUACCAAAAGAUGUCUACUCUCCUGGAAAACAUCAUUGCCAUCAUCGACCUAUUCCAUGAGUACUCAACAACAGACAAGGAGACUGACACACUGAGCAGGGAAGAACUGAAGGAGCUCCUGGAAAGAGAGUUUCGGCCAGUCCUGAAGAAUCCAGAUGACCCAGACACUGCUGAUGUCUUCAUGCAUAUUCUUGAUCUAGACCAUAACAAGAAAAUUGACUUCACUGAGUACUUUCUAAUGGUAUUCAAGUUGGCUACAGCAUACUAUGAGUCAAACAGAAGACAGAACUUCCAAGCAACAGAGCAAAACCAAAACCACCAUGCACACCAUACAAAAGAUGAAGACGAUGAUUUAGAUGAAGACAAAGUACAAGAAGAAAAAGAAGAAAAAUUGAGAAAAUCCACACAAUCAGGAAAAACCCAUGAAAAAAGGAAGGAGACAAGAUCCAAAGGACUAAAAGGAAAAGGGGAAAAUAGACACAAGCAAAGACCUGACAAUUCUAGACAGGCAGGACCCCUUGAGGGUAUCCAGUGCACCAUGGACCCUCGAUGA